AAGUAUUACAAAAUAUUUGAAAUCCGCUUUGUGGUAAUAGAGAACUGUACUUUGUGUUAGAGGGGGUUAUUUCAGAAGCACGUGUUAAACAAGAUGCACAAAAUGUUCGUGUCCCUGUAGUAGAAUAUUGCGCUUAGUUCGGUAUUUUCGUGUAAAUUUGAAUUAAUGGUGUCUUGUUAACAGUUAAAUACUUUAUAUCAAUAUUAAGUGUCAAAUAAUUAGAAAAAAACAAAAUGGCUCUUGGCGCAGCAGUUAACGAUGUAGAAUAUGAUACAAAAUCAAAUAACCUGACUGCGGAUAGCGAAAAGGUGAAUAAAACCACCAAGAACGAGGAAAAAGUUACAGAAAAUAAACAGGAGAAAGAUGUGGAAGAAAAAGAAAAAGAUGAAAGUGAAGAAAAUAAAAACAAAGAUGAAGUGGUCUUCAUUCAAGAUAUUGGGUUUUCAGUGAAAAUUGUUAGUCCUGGAGCAGAGCCAUUUGAUAUUCAGGUUUCAAGCAUGGAAUUAGUUCAGGAAAUUCAUCAGUUACUGAUGGAUCGUGAGGACACUUGCCACAGAACCUGUUUCUCAUUACAAUUAGAUGGCAAUACAUUAGACAAUUUUGCCGAACUAAAAAAUAUCGAAGGCCUAAAGGAAGGUUCAAUAAUAAAAGUUGUAGAGGAGCCGUAUACUAUGCGUGAAGCUAGAAUUCAUGUGAGACAUGUAAGAGAUCUGCUUAAAUCUCUUGAUCCGGCAGACGCGUAUAAUGGAGUCGAAUGCAACUCUUUAAGUUUUCUUAAUACUGUCACACAGGGGGAUAUUUUGGAGAAAAAGAAGGUGAGACCAGAAAGUGUAGAUUGCACACCACCCGAUUAUAUUAUGCCGGAUAGUAAAGAUCGGCCUUUAACUGCGCUGCAGCCCCAGCUCAAAGAUCAGAAAGUACCUCAAUGUGUCAAGGUGUUAACUACAUCAGCUUGGAAUCCUCCUCCAGGUCACCGAAAAAUUCACGGUGAUUUAAUGUAUCUGUAUGUUGUUACAUUAGAGGAUAAACACUAUCACAUAUCUGCUUGUUCACGUGGAUUUUAUAUAAACCAAUCUGGAGCGGAAGAAUUUAAUCCUAAACCUGCAUCGCCUAGUCAUUUAUGCCAUUCAUUAAUUGAACUGUUGAACCAAAUAUCACCUCAGUUUAAAAGAAAUUUUGCUUUACUGCAGAAGAAACGGAGCCAACGGCACCCAUUUGAACGUGUAGCUACUCCGUAUCAGCUAUAUGCAUGGACUGCACCGACCAUGGAACAUACUUUAGAUGCCAUAAGAGCUGAAGAUACGUUUUCAUCAAAAUUGGGUUACGAAGAGCACAUCCCCGGCCAGACAAGGGACUGGAACGAGGAGUUACAAACCACAAGGGAGCUACCGAGAAAAACCUUACCGGAACGUUUAUUACGUGAAAGGGCUAUUUUCAAAGUCCACAGUGAUUUUGUAGCUGCUGCGACAAGAGGCGCUAUGGCUGUGAUAGACGGCAAUGUUAUGGCUAUAAAUCCUGGAGAGGAGGCUAAGAUGCAGAUGUUCAUUUGGAAUAAUAUUUUCUUCUCCCUUGGUUUUGAUGUUCGCGAUCACUACAAGGAACUGGGAGGCGAUGCUGCGGCUUUUGUCGCCCCGCGGAAUGAUCUGCAAGGUGUUAGGGUAUACAGUGCAGUAGACCUACCUGGUCUCUACACUCUUGGCACUGUUGUUAUUGAUUACAGAGGAUACAGAGUUACCGCUCAGUCCAUUAUACCUGGAAUACUUGAGCGAGAGCAGGAACAGUCUGUUGUCUAUGGCUCCAUAGAUUUUGGAAAAACUGUUUUAUCGCACCUUAAAUACUUGGACCUGCUGAAUAAGGCGGGUCAGCAAUUGAAAAUUUUACCACAUCAUGUGUUUAACGACAAAAGCGAGGCUGUGGAAUUAUGCUCAAGUGUGGAGUGCAAAGGAAUUAUCGGUAACGACGGGAGACAUUAUAUUUUGGACCUGCUGCGCACAUUUCCUCCAGAUGUUAACUUCCUGAAAUUGGAAGACGAAGAAUUAAGCAAAGAAGUAAAGAUGCUGGGGUUCCCCAUCGAGCAUAAACACAAGCUGUGCUGUCUUAGGCAAGAAUUAAUAGACAGUUUCGUUGACUCGCGUUACAUGAUGUUCAUCAAAUAUGCAGCCUAUCACUUGCAACAAUUGAACUUACGUAAAAAUGAAGAAAAAUUAAGUAAUGCCAAAGCAAUCACGGAUAAGCCGGAGGUUAAUGAUAAAGAAGAAACGAAAUCUAGCAUAGAGGAAAACAGUAAGGAUGAAACUACGGAAAAGGAUGAUAAAGAAGAAAAGAAAAGCCAAAUGGAAGACGCCGAAGCCAAAAAAAUUGUGGAGAGUAUCACGGACGGUAGCAAAUUGGAGCUAGAAGAGAGCACGAAGAAUAUUGUGAAGACAGCUUCAAUCGCAGUAGGUUCCUUGAAGGAUACAGAAUUUGAUAUCAGAUUUAAUCCGGAUGUUUAUUCUCCUGGCAUCAAACACUGCGAAAACUUGGAUCCACCGAUAAUAAAACAGAGGCAGUUGGUUAAAGAUGCGGCAGAAUUUUUGUUGACGGUUCAGAUACCCACUUUCAUUAGGGACUGCUUGGACCAUUCCUCAGCUCCCAUGGAUGGUUUUACACUAUCAGAAGCCAUGCAUAAUAGAGGAAUUAACAUUAGAUACCUCGGAAAAGUUACCAAUCUGUUAGCCAAAGUGAAACAGCUGGAAUAUUUGCAUAGCAUUGCAGCUUCCGAAUUACUGUUACGUUCAGCGAAACACAUAUUUACCGUUUACUUACAGGGAUGCGAGAUGAUGAAUUUGGCGGUAGCAAUCACCCACUUUUUGAACUGUUUUUUGUACUCGGGUCCUGUAACAAAUCCUUCGCAGGGACAAGAUGAGGUAGGUGUCGCAAUUUAUACCGGAAAAUACUUUUUUACAUUUGAAUUUACUUUUCAGAACAAAAAUAAUAAAAAGAGGAACAAACGGCGUGGUCGGGUUAACCCUCUGUCCUGCAACGACAAUAACGAAUGGGCCACUCUUACCCCAAAAUCAUUAUGGAACCAACUGAAAACGGAACUAAAACAGUACUUUGACUACGAAUUGCUCUCCAAUGACAUUGAGACAACUUUGGAGACUUAUUCCUUGCAAAAGAUCUCCCUCCUAAGGUCCUUCUGUUUGAAAACCGGAAUUCAGAUAUUAUUGAGGGACUACAACUUUGAAUCGAAGAACAAACUUAUCUUUUACGAGGAAGAUAUAGUAAAUAUAUUCCCCAUAGUUAAACAUAUUAACCCGAGGGCUACCGAUGCCUACAAUUUCUACACGACGGGGCAGAACAAGAUCCAGCAGGGUUAUCUGAAGGACGGUUACGAACUCAUCAGCGAAGCUCUCAAUCUGUUGAAUAACGUGUACGGGGCCAUGCACCCAGAAAUCGCUCAGUGCUUAAGAAUGAUCGCACGCUUGAACUAUAUCAUGGGGGAACAUGGAGAGGCGAUGGCUUACCAGCAGAAAGCUGUGCUGAUGUCUGAGAGGGUGAACGGUAUCGAUCACCCGUAUACGAUCACAGAAUAUGCUCAUCUGGCUUUAUACUGUUUUGCGAACAGCCAAGUUAGCACUUCCCUGAAGUUGUUGUACAGGGCAAGGUAUCUAGCCGUUAUUGUAUGUGGGGAAAAUCAUCCCGAAGUUGCCUUGUUAGAUAGCAAUAUUAGUUUAAUUCUUCACGCGGUAGGAGAAUAUGAAUUAUCGUUACGCUUCCUGGAAAAGGCCUUAGCACUGAAUAUUAAAUAUUACGGGGCCAAAUCGCUGAAGGUCGCGGUCAGCUACCACUUAGUUGCUAGGACACAAAGUUGUAUGGGUAACUUUAGGUCAGCGUUAAACAAUGAAAAAGAAGCUUAUGCUAUUUAUAAGCAACAGCUGGGAGAGAACCAUGAAAAAACCAAAGAAUCCUCGGAAUGUUUGAAGCAUCUUACGCAACAAGCCGUUGUGCUGCAAAAGAAAAUGAACGAGAUAUACACAGGUAAAAACGGAGCCUCACUGCCGCCGAUACAAAUUCAGCCACCUUCAAUGGGAUCCGUACUAGAUAUGCUUAAUGUUAUAAAUGGAAUAUUAUUUGUACAAAUAAGUCAGGAGGAUAUUGAAAACUUUAAGGCUGAAAUUGAGAAGAGACAGUUAAGUGAGGAAUCUGAAGACCAAGAACAAAAAGCGGCGGUACCGGAAGCCAUCAAAAGUUAAGAAUGAUUUUAAAUCGUAUGUAACUGUAAAAGGUAGAGUCGAAUAGGGUAGUAUCUUCCGGUGUUAUUUUUUAUAUCGUCAGCAACAGGCAUCUUCGUGAAAUUGUGCUAGUCAGUUUAAGUGCAAGGGACAAUAACACAAUGUUCAAAUUUGUUAUUUUGAUGCAGUCUUUGCAAAUGAAAGUCGAUUUCGAAAUUUGUUGCUAUUUUUCUAUACAAAAAAUUCUGGAUGUGUUCCACCUAAUAUAAUUUUUUCCUUAGAAAUCAGUCUAUGUGUUGUGUGGCUGAUCAGAAACUGUGAGAGCAUAGCAGUGAUAACUUGUGGGCAAUAAUGGUCUUGUAUUUAUUGUUUGUUUUCGCUUUAUAUUCCAGAUCAUGACGAAGCCCAUUGAUCUCCUCUUUCUCCCUCUGCAGCCUUAUUUCCUCUUCACGUUGUCGAAUCUUAGCGAUCCUUUCCGCUUUCUCUUUAUUUAUACUGGUCGAAUUCCUGCCUCUCUUUGACACGCCUCUCGGUGUUCAACUGGAAUUCGCUUAUUUCAGUCAACUGUCUUUCCUCCUUCAUUGGUUUGAACGGCUUCUUUUUUAGAAUUGUGGCUGGUCUAGCUUUGAACUGAGUUGAUACGUUCUCCUAAAUUAAAUGCGCCAUAAACCAGAAUAGAAGAAUUGCUCCUAAAAGUAGAGGAUGUCUUGAGGACUUAAAUAAACCAAAGUUACUUCAUUUAGUCUCCGAAGGGCAUCAAAGAAUUUAUCUAUACAGGAUGUUGCAAAAUGUUGUUCAGAGGAUUUUAGAGCAAUUUUAUAUCCAAAUAUACGAACAAAAUUCUUAUAAACCUAGGUCCGCAAAUGCUUUGUUUUCGAAAUAGAGGGUGUCAAAAAAAAAUUGAAAAAUGUUUUUUUAUUGAUAAUUUUUAAGUUUUUCAUUGGAAAUCGUUUAUAUUUGGGUCAUUUAUUUCUCCAUAGUGACAGCGUAUGUUAUUUUUCAGUGACAGUCGCCAACUAUGUUAUUUUAGUAUGUAAUGAUUUUAUAGAUAUAUUAGGCCGAUUUUUAAAAAUCUUCAAUAGCUUGAAAGCUGCUCGCUAAAUGACAAAUGUGCCUUUUUGCUCUAAAAUAAAUGUGGUUCCUAAAAAUAAAGUAAAAACCAGUAGAAAAACCAAUGGUGUAGACUUUCUGGUCAAAAAUCAAUAAACACUCUCCCAUAUCCCCUGACGGAUCUGAAAUGCAAUCAAUUAUACCAAAUUAUAACGUACGUAUCAUAAAUGUAUUGACCCAAAUUUAAAAGAUUUCCAAUGAAAAAGUGGUGUCAGUUAAAUUGUCUGAAAUUUUGAUACGUUGCAGCUGUUAACCUGCCAAUCAAAAGUCUCCAUUGGCGCAAUAUCCAAAAGUUUUAUAGUUUUCGUGUUACGUUGACUUCAGGGCAAUAACUCUGUAUUCGAAACCUAAGUCGAAAACUAUGAACUUUUGAAUAUUGCGCCAAUGGAGACUUUCGAUCGGCAGGUUAACAGCUGUAACGUAUCAAAAUUUCAGCCAAUUUAACUGAAACCACUUUUUCAUAAGAAAAGUGCAGGGUCCUUUAGAAAUUAUCAAUAAAAAACAUGUUUUUUUAUUUUUUUUCACCCUCUAAUUCGAAAACGGAGGAUUUGAGGACCUACGUUUAUAGGAAUUUUUUUUUCAUAUUUUUGGAUGUAGAAUCUGCUCUAGAAUUAUCUGAACAACAUUUUGCAACACCCGUAUAUUCAGAGUAUUCUUAUAUAUUCGCACAGCAUUCCUAUGCGUUUCGUUGUAUGCCAGUGUAUUCUCACUAUAUUUUGAUGUAUUCCCAACGUAUGCUGAUCAUAAGACACUGUUUCAAUCUAGUCAAUCAGUCCUUGAAUUUUGCUUAUUUACAUUAAUAGAAGGUUAGGAAAUCUUUUAGUUUACAACUGUGACUGCCUAACCCUUAUUUACACAGUAUAUCCCUUGUAUAUGGAACUACUGCAGAUUUUUUUUGUCCGAAUAAUGAUUUUAAACUUAUUUCUAUCCAAAGUUGCAUCAUAUCAAAGAACUCUAAAAUGCUCUAUUCCAUUUAUGAAAUGAAAUUCAAGAUCAAAAUAUUAAAAAAGCAAGUGGCUUGGCUUUUAGUACUUUAAGAACAUAAACCAAAUGUAAAGUUGGCAACAACAAUUCCGGAGCCAUUCGGUUUCGAGGAAAGAGAUCAGCUGAUGUUUAAGAAAAAAGAGGAAUUUAUAAAGAGGGUUAUAGAAGAGGAAAAAAUGGGAGCAGAAUUUCAUGCUCGUCCUAUUCCAAAAGUUAUACUGAAAUCUGCCAAAAGUAACUAGUUUAAAGCAUUCGGAUCCUUCCGACAUAAACUGCGAGCUCACGGAAAGUGACAAUUUCAAAAUAAUUCAUCGACUGUUUAUUAUUUAUUUUUAACAGUCAUUUAGUUCAGUGUAGAUUAAGUGAUUUUUAUGAAGAAAUGAUCUAUAAGCCCUCAAAUUGUACUCUGACUAUGGUUUAUUCCCAUUUAUUUUAACGUCUUUCUAUUUAUUCUUGGUCGUUACAAUAUUUUUUAUUCCAACAUAUUCUGUUUCAUUUUAUUCUUAUGUGUUCCAACUAGUAAUAUGAUUUACUCCGUCAUAUUUCUAUGUAUUCCAACUGUAUUCUGAUGCACCCCCAAUACAUCCUGAUAUAUUCACACAGUAUUCCAUGUAUUCGCACAGUAUUCCUAUGCAUUCGGCCAGUAUUUCCGUGUAUUCACACAGCAUUCUUAUGUAUUCCCACAUUAUUCUGUUGUAUCAACACAGUAUUCCAAUGUGUUCCCACCGUAUUCUUAUCAAAACCGUGAUUCAAGCAAAGACUUAGCCAGUCCUAGUUUGCCCUGCAUAUGUUAAAUAUUGAAAAAAGGUUAAUUAUUUACGGUUUUAUCUGCCAGCAUAGUGUAUUAUUAUAUUUUGAAUUUGAGCACAGCAAAAAUGUUUGCACACUUGCUUUUUUAGAAUUUUGAUGUUGAAUUUCAUUUCAUGAAUGGAAUAGAGCGUUUUAGAGUUCUUUGAUAUGAUGCAACUUUGGAUAGAAAUAAGUUUAAAAUCAGUAUUCUGACAAAAAAAAAUCUGUAGUAGUUCCAUAUAGAAGGAAUAUACUAUGUAAAUAAGGGUUAGACAGUCACAGUUGUAAACUAAAAGAUUUCCUAACCUUCUAUUAAUGUAAAUAAGCAAAAUUCAAGGACCGAUUGACUAGAUUGGAACAGUGUCUUAUGAUCAGCAUACGGUGGGAAUACAUCAGAAUAUAGUGAGAAUACAUUGGCAUACAAUGAAACGCAUAGGAAUGCUGUGUGAAUAUAUAAGAAUACUCUGAAUAUACGGGUGUUGCAAAAUGUUGUUCAGAUAGUUCUAGAGCAGAUUCUACAUCCAAAAAUACGAAAAAAAAGUCCUGAAGAAUUAUCUGAACAACAUUUUGCAACACCCGUAUAUUCAGAGUAUUCUUAUAUAUAUCAUUGUAUGCCAAUGUUUUCUCACUAUAUUCUGAUGUAUUCCCAACGUAUGCUGAUCAAAAGACACUGUUUCAAUCUAGUCAAUCAGUCCUUGAAUUUUGCUUAUUUACAUUAAUAGGUUAGGAAAUCUUUUAGUUUACAACUGUGAUUGUCUAACUUUUAUUUACACAGUAUAUUGCUUGUAUGUAUAUGGAACUACUACAGAUUUUUUUUGUCGGAAUAAUGAUUUUAAACUUAUUUCUAUCCAUAUCAAAGAACCCUAAAACACUAUAUUUCAUUUAUAAAAUGAAAAAGAUCAAAAUAUUAAAAAGCAAGUGACCAAAAUAUUUGAAAUAAGCCACCUAAAAUGACUAGUUAAUAUUAGCAAACUCGCUUUGUAAAUCUGUAGCUAUAUGAUAUUUUAACAAAGCUCCAUAAUGCAGGUAUCCACGAAUGGAGUUAAAAAGAGGUACAACUAUUUUUCAUUUUAUGGAAAAGAGUCAUUCCGGUAAAAAAAGAUUGCCGUGAUCAAAUUCAGAAUUCAAUAAUACAAUAUGCUGCCAGAUAAAAACGUAAAUAGCUCACAUUUUUUCAAUAUUUAACAUGUGCUGGGUGAACUAGGGACUUGAAUCAGUUUUGAUAAGAAUACGGUGGGAACACAUUGGAAUACUGUGUUGAUACAUCAAAAUACUGUGGGAAUAUAUAAGAAUGUUGUGCAAAUACACGGGAAUACUGGUCGAAUGCAUAGGAAUACUGUGCGAAUACACGGAAUACUGUGCGAAUACACGGAAUACUGUGAGAAUAUAUCAGGAUGUAUUGGGGCUGCAUCAGAAUACAGUUGGAAUACAUAGAAAUAUGACGGAAUAAAUCAUAUUACUAGUUGGAACACAUUGGAAUAAAAUGAAAGAUAAAAUAUGAUGGAAUGUUUUAUGUUGGAAUAAAAAAUACUGUAACGACCAAGAAUACAUAGACAGACGUCAAAAUAAAUGGGUAUUCCCAUUUAUUACCACAGUCAGAGUACAUUUUGAGGGCUUAUAGAUCAUUUCACUUAAUCUACACUGAACUAAAUGAAUGUUAACAAUAAAUAAUAAACAGUCGUUGAAUUAUUUUGAAAUUGUCACUUACCGUAAGCUUGCAGUUUAUGUCCGAAGGAUCCGAACGCUUUAAACUAGAGUUACUUUUGGCAGAUUUCAGUAUAAUUUUUGGAAUAAGACGAGCAUGAAAUUCUGCUGAUAUUUUUUCGUCUUCUAUAACCUUCUUUAUAAAUUCCUCUUUUUUCUUAAACAUCAGCCGAACUCUUUCCUCGAAACUUAAUGGCUUCGGAAUCGUUGUUGCCAAUUUUACAUUUGGUUUAUGUUCUCAAAGUACUAAAAGCCAAGCUUGAAAAUAAUAUAUUUUAACUGUGGCUAUAAAAAGAAAACAGUAUGUUUAUAAGUGGCUUCUCUAUUAUUUGUUCCAAUUAUUGGUCUUAUGUAUUGGAACAUUUAAGUUCUACCUGUUAAGGUCAUGUGUUAAUUAGAUAUGAUAAAAUGGGAUGUACUUAAAUAUUGGAGCGCUGUAUAUUUUAUUUGCACACUUGUUUUUAGCUGAUGCUGCCAAUUAUUGUUUUAUGAUUGAUAUCUAAAUAACUUUUACCGCAAGUGUUACUGUCCCUCAUAUUCUUUAUGUUCUGACCUUUUGUUAGAACUACUUGUAUAUGUGAUUUAAACGAUCGGUCAUGGAAAGUUACCCCAGCAGAUUAUACUAUGACCGAUACUAAAUGGUUAUUCAAAAAAUUUUUGUUAAUGUUACCAAAUUUGCUGUUAUGAUUUUCAGGUUGUAUAUUAAAUAUAAUGUAGACUGUAAGACUUUUGGUAUAUGGUCAAUAUGCGUGUUGCUGAAAAAAAUGUUGGCACUGUAUUGGGAAGUGCAGUUUUCUAUAAUAGUUAAAUUUUUUUGUAAUCAGGAUUUUGUUAUUAAGUAAAUAAAUUUGAUUACAUAUU